CCCUACGGACCAUUUGAUUGGUUCACUUUUUUUUGUGGCGCGUAGCGAGACCAUACCUUUUUGGAUCAUGCUCGUACCCCAAGUGGCGAGAAUGUAUCAUUUUGUUAGAUCAUGGUGCCUUAGAACUGCGGUCUCCUGGUAGCAAUUAAUUUAUCUGAUUGACUUAAAUAGCUAUGGAAAAUGUUAUUUAUUUGUGGAAUAUGGUCAAGUUUUUGACCAAAUUUGACGAAAAGGAUGUCAACCAACUGCGCACUUAUUAUGUACAAUGUUGCCGAAAGCAGGGAAACAACGUAGAGUUACCAAAACAAUGUUUCGGACCCUCAAACAUUUGCUCUUAUUGUGGAUCUUUAUGGACUAAGGUGGAACGCAGAAAUCGUCUGGCUCCAGGUAAAGCGUGUUCAAAUUCUGUAAAAAAGAUCAUUCGCGCAGCGGAGAAGAACGCCCGAUUAUCUAGGUAUCGUUUAACACUUAUGCGUAAAUGUUUACGCAGCGAAAUGAACAAAAUGGUUAUAAAGUGCUUCGCGUGUUUGAAAAAUACGCAGAUCACUUGCAAGAAACCACAAAGACAGAAACCAAAGAGACAAGAAGCUUUAAAUGAUUCAGAAGUUCUAAAGUCCGACAAAAAGAGAAAGAGACGUAUAAAGGAUAGAACGGCCGGCUUGAAUAUAUCCUUAUCAGAUUCAUAUGUUGCACCAUCAUCGGAAACAGGUAGUCCGAGAAUUCUCAAUAAAUCUAGUCCUUUACCAUGUAAAGGAAAAAAGGAAACGGGAAAACAGCUGACACCACUGCAGAAACUUAAAACAAUGAACAAGGACAAACUCAACAGUAUAUUAAAGGGUGAUGCGGUGAAGAAGAGAAAUAGUUUAAACAAUUUUUUGAAAGAACUUUAUUAAAUUUGAAAACGUUGAAUUUAAAGUGAACAUAUUUUUGUAUUCUAUGUUUUUCAGGAUAUUAUUCACACCUUGUGCACAUGUCCUGCAUUCUUAACUAUCUAAAAUCACUUGAAUAUUUCUAAUUGCAAAUCAUGGUAACACGAUAUGGUUAAAAAAUAAUAUACAAACAAGAGAAAAAAGGAUACAAAAGAAAGCAAUGGACUCUUCCAGAGUAUUAAAUCUUUCGAUGACAUAUGCUGUUUUGUGAAUUUAUCUUUACUUCGUACAAACUAUAUCUCCAUUUUCAUUAUUUCAAACAGUUUCAGACGCUACAUGUUCUACAGUAAUCUAAAGAUUUUAUUUAUUAUCGAAGUUUGAAUGGACGAACAAUAAAUAAGAUGAGUACACUAGCAACUCGCACAAUAUUC